GGCUCCAGGAUGCCAGGAUGCCAGCUUGAGUUGGCUGAGAGUUUGGCAGCAGAAGCUCAGCCUGGCGAAACAUUUCUCUUCGCUAGUUGCCGAUCAGACUCUCGCCAUGCCGGGCGCGGCGUCCUUGCUACGGGACAGUCACGCUUUAGCGGAUGGCCAUAGCGCAGAGGACCUGACGCUGUUGCUCGCCCCGGCGCCCAAAGCACGAGGCGCCGGCUUCUUUGUGGAGGCUCCGAGCAGCUUCGAGCCCACCAGCUUCGGCGGCCACGGGCAUGGCGCGGCCCCGAGCAAUCCGGAUGAGGCCUUGGCGCAGGCCAAGGCGGGGCUCAAGACGUGCGCCCUGGGCUUCAUGGCCUCCAGCGCCGCGUUGCUCAGUGCUUACGUCACGUGGAGCCUGGAGAAGAAGCAUUUCGAGCACGAGGUGCACGAGGUGAGUGGGAGGAAGGGUACUUCAGUGAGUUCGGCACGCUCGAAGUCGCGAAGUCGCUUGGCUUUCGUAUCGCUCAGCACCACGAGCGUCACGGCCACGGCGCGAGGCACUAGAUGCAAAUGCGCCGAAGAAAUUCGGGAGGCAUUGCCCUGGAAGAGAAUCCAGUUCAACUGAUGGAGCGAGCGCGCAACGUGAGAGGGAGGCAUACCCAUGUGUGUCAUAUCCGGAAUCCCUUUGACCGGGGCUCACAUCGGGCCUGCUUGAACCCGAA